AUGCUUAAGAAAAUAAUGGCGUACCCCCUUUAUUUCCGUCAAUUCCCUUGGCAAGUCUCGGUGACACAAGGUCAACCCGAGCCUCAAACUAGCAGGAUUCAGGGGAUUGUAGUCAGCCUGAUCCGCAAACUAGCAGGUCUCGGAGACACACUUCAAUCCGAGCCGCAACCUGGCACCACAGGGUUCAGGCGUCCCCGAAACUCGUGGGGCAUCAUCAAAAUAGCAAACUGUCUCAAGGCAACUGGGGGGUACCCUCGCGGUGGGUUUGAAAACCAUAACCCAUCAUUUAUAUAA